CCAGAUCAAUUGCGUCUAACAAGGUGUAUUAAAAUGCCAUACACCGUUGUGCUUCAGAAGUGACAUGACACUACCCCGAGGCUGCGCCACAUCCGUGAGUCGGAGCCGUUUAUCGGCAAGACUCAACAAAUGAAUCCAAUCAUCCAGAUCUCUCUCACAACUGUUAAAGACUUGCAGCAUGGUUAAAUCGCGCACACGAAGGAGCCGCUCCUUAGUUGACGCUAUGGACCCAGGGCGCGGCAAGACCGAGUCCAUGAUGACGAUUCGCGAACCCCGACGCAUCGCCGGGACUAGUUGCUGCAGUAUCCGCACAGCCUCGGGUAUAGCCCAGUCGUGCAAGAUCAUGCGGAGCAAGUAAAUGUCAGCCCCGAUGACUGGCUGUGGCUGGAAGAAAUCGUGUGCUUGGAAAGUAACACGAGACGCUAGCUCGGGCUUCAACGUUGCGGCCCCUUCAGCGGCGUUCUCAGGGAGGUCUUGGACAGUGAUGUUCAGCUCUGGGAACGAAGUUGCUAGCGCCAUCCCUGCAUUUCCGGUGGAGCCUCCGACCUUUGGCACUGGUUAGCCUCAUGUUGACAGAUUGAUCGGAUGGGCAAUAGGGGAAACAUACAUCCACGAUCUUCGCUGAUCCAAGUCCCGCCCAGUUGAAGCCAGAGAGCAGGUGGUCAAGCUUAGUACCUUCACUGCUAGUUACGUUCUUCAUGUAUCCGGCAAACUGUCUAGUUCGCUCGGGUAGCGUGGCCAAGUGAUCAAAGAACGGCAAGUCGGUGUUGGCGGCGACAUUAUAGGCCGUCUCGGUACGCGAUUGACUAGUCGGCCAUCGCUCUGUAGCAACAACCAGACUCAACGCAGCCGGUACGGAGGCCUCGCACAUGAACUGAGCCCAGUCGCUCAAACUUUGGUUGGUCACGAACUGCGCUGAAGUCGCCGUGUGUGCGAUGCUACCUGGCUGGGGCUCGUAAAAGACUUGACUGGUCAUGAUCAUACGUGCUACAGUCUUCAGUGUUCGCUCAGGGACCCCGGCAUCAGCUGCCAGCUCGGAAUAGGUAAUUGAUCCAGUCGAGGGAACCCGUGAAAAAAUACCGAAAUGAAUCAACCAGUGGAGACACGACAGAUAUUGGUACUAUGUGGACAAUUUUAGUUGAGUUAGUUGAGUUGGGAAGGGGGAAGGGACAGGAGACGCAAAGUGCCCCCCUCCUUCAAGAUAUUGGAGCAAAGACACAACCUACAUUCACUGCCAGGUUAGGUAAAUACUCUCUGGGUCCUGAUGCAAGCUGAAACAUCUUCAUUGAUGCCUCCAGCAGCGCCUCGCGUGCUUUCUGGACAUCAGUGGGAGCGGUAGCGGGAACUACUGUUGAAGCAGCAUCGCGGUUGAAUGACGGCGCCUGGUGACCCUCAGAAUGUAGAAAAGUGCUCACAAUCUGAGCAUUGGACGAAAUGGAACUCGCCAGCUCGUUGAGCAGAUCAUCAUUUUGGGUUGGCAGUGACUUAGGGUCUGCUGAACCCUCCGAGACUGGCGAAGACUCGCCGUUGAAGAUCAGGGGAGACAUGACACGAGCAACAAAAUGAUACAGAUAGUUGAGCAUACUAUGAAAUCGUGGCGCUUGAUUCUCCGGAGAGCACUUAUCUCUAAUAAGAACACAGGGGGAAAUCAAGAGGAUAGACACCAGAAAAGUCUCAAACACGAAUAUAGCUCGGAGACCGGGUCCGGUGCUUGGUAUCUGGUAAAUUCGGGUUUCGAGUACAAGUCGAAGGCCGGAUCUCGAUUAUCAGCAUUUCACAGCCGUUCGGCCAUGAUAUCGCAAUUCCGAUCGUGCGUCUUUGUCUAUCCCGAUUAUUGGUCGUCCGUGGUGGGCCUGCAAGUGCCUUUGGCAGCUGUAUCCCCGAGGCUUGUCAAUGCUGACCCGAUGGGGCUGCAUUGCCACAUGGAAACGCUUCCACCUGUCUCGGGUCAUCAAUCUAUACCGAUACGAUGAGGUUUUGUAAUCAGGAUCUGGGAUGUUAAAAUGACAGCAGAAUACCCGCGGAAGCAAAUAGGGAUGCAUUUACUCAGUCCCUGAGUGCUACCAGACCUUCUAUCAACAUGGCACGCGUUCAGCAAAUCAUUCUGUUUGGAGACCAAACCGACGACUUCACAUCGCUUCGUCGUCUACUCAGUCCGAAUGGAGAACCACUGCUGAAUGCCUUUCUGAACAAGGCCAUACGAGGAUUGCGAGCGGAGAUUAGCUCACUGCCGCUUCAAGUCCGCCAACAAUACCCUCAUUUUCCUACAGUGGGCAGCUUGUUGGACUGGAGGGAUGCUCAGAAGAAAGCGUAUCCAUCUAUUAAUAGUGCUCUGACUUGUGUAAAUCAGCUGGCUCAUUUUAUUCACGCUCAAAGCGAAGCCUCUACCUAUACCAGUCCCUCAGCAACAAUCAUCGGUGGCCUUUGCCUUGGAUCUCUAUCUGCAGCGGCCGUAAGCAGUUGCCAGUCUAUUUCCGAGCUCCCCGAUGUCGGAGCACGAACCAUCCAGAUCGCAUUUAGAACCGGCAUGCAUGUAUCCCGAGUCGGACGCGCGAUUGAUCAAUCGGAAACGGAGUCAUGGUCUAUGGUGGUUGCAACAAGGUCACCAGAUGAUAUUUCACACCGAAUCGAUAGAUUCAUAGAAGCCCAGCAUCUACCGACGCAUACUCGGCCCUACAUCAGUGCAUAUUUGUCUCACGCGGUGACAAUCAGUGGACCACCUACGAGUCUGUUCAACCUGAGACAAUCUGCCGAGUUUGCUAGUCUCGCCCCACGAUCUAUCCCUAUCUUUGCUCCUUAUCAUUCUUCUUCUCUUUUUAACCCCGCCGAUUCUGAGUGUAUUCUGGGUGACCUUCUCGCCAAUGAGAAGAAGACCACAAGCAGCAUCCCGUUCAUCUCCAGUACAAGUGGAAGACCUUUUGAGGGAACGGAUGUUCGCUCUCGAUUUGAAUAUGCCCUGGCUCAGAUCCUCCUGGAGACUCUCCGAUGGCAGAGCUUUGUCAAUGGGAUGAUUGCAGCUCUACCCGAUCAUGACACUCCCGAGGCCCCUCAAUUCCAUGUCCAGUCAUUUGGUAGUUCUGCAGGGCCUCGGCUUGCCGAAGCAAUCGAGGCGGCGACCAGCCUCACUCGUUAUCAACCCGCCCCUUCUACAACCCCGGCGUUGAAACCGACGGAAAAUAUUGACUCAUCCAAGAUUGCCAUCAUCGGAUACUCUGGCCGGUAUCCACACGCCGAGUGCAACGAGGAGUUCUGGGACCUUCUCAUCAAGGGACUUGACGUGCACGAGGUUGUUCCGGCCAUGCACUGGGAUGCAAGGACUCACGUCGCAGAACCAGGAAAGGGAAAGAAGAACACAAGUGCCACGCCGUAUGGCUGUUGGUUGCAGAAUCCAGCGGCGUUUGAUGCUCGUUUCUUCAAUCUAUCACCUCGCGAGGCUCCUCAGGUAGACCCUGCGCAGCGCAUUGCCUUGAUGACAGCCUACGAGGCUAUGGAGCGAGCUGGCCUGGUACCUAAUGCCACACCAUCCACAGCAAAGGAUCGUGUUGGUGUCUGGUACGGUGUCACAUCCAAUGACUGGAUGGAGACCAACACGGCACAGAACAUUGACACGUACUUCAUUCCCGGUGGCAAUCGGGCUUUCAUUCCCGGUCGUCUAAACUACUGCUUCAAGUUCACCGGUCCUAGCUAUGCAGUUGACACCGCAUGUUCGUCCAGUCUGGCGGCUAUUCACCUCGCCUGCAAUGCCCUCUGGCGUGGCGAAGUCGACACUGCUAUUGCUGGAGGCACCAAUAUCCUCACGAACCCUGACUUCACGGCGGGUCUGGAUCGCGGCCACUUCUUGUCCCGAACGGGCAAUUGUAAGACUUUUGAUGACGAGGCCGAUGGAUACUGUCGUGGUGAAGGUGUCGGUACUGUCAUUUUGAAGCGUCUUGAUGAUGCUCUGGCGGACCGCGAUCCUAUUUGCGGUGUCAUCCUGAGUGCUGGUACGAACCAUUCUGCUGACGCGGAGUCCAUCACUCGUCCUCAUUCUGGUGCGCAGCAACAUCUUAUUCAGAAUCUGCUGCGCACAGCUGGAGUUUCACCAUACAGCAUUAGCUAUGCCGAGAUGCAUGGAACGGGGACCCAGGCUGGAGAUGCUGGAGAGAUGAACUCGGUGCUGUCUACGCUGGCUCCACCUUCUGUUCCCUAUCGCACCCCAGAACAGCCGCUGUACCUGGGAUCAGCAAAGGCCAAUAUUGGACACGGAGAGGCUGCCUCUGGUGUGUCGAGUUUGAUCAAGGUAUUGCUGAUGAUGGAGAACAAUGCCAUAGCACCCCACUGCGGAAUCAAGACUCGCAUUAACCGAAAGUUUCCCACCGAUCUCGGCGACCGCAACGUGCGUAUUGCGUUGACUCCCACGGCAUGGGAACAGCGACAAGGCGAGCCUCGUCGCGUGCUGUUGAACAAUUUCAGUGCCGCUGGUGGUAACACUGCGCUGUUGUUGGAAGACGCGCCGUCGGUGCCUGAGCCUACCAAGGAAAUUGAUCCUCGAACCAGCCAUCUGGUUGCUGUCUCGGCCAAGUGUGCCUCAUCCCUCGAAGCGAACGUCAAGUCACUCCUCGCCUUUAUCGAAUCCUCUGGAGAAGGUCUCUCUUUGCCGCAGCUUUCGUACACAACGACUGCCCGUCGCAUGCACCAUCUGCAUCGUGUUAUCGUGCAAGGCACUAAUAUCCCCGAUAUUCAGCAGCAACUCCAGGCUGCCCUCUCUCGCGGCGAUGGUGCUAAUCGGCCACUGGGGAUUCCUAAGCUCGUGUUCGCCUUCACUGGACAGGGUAGCCAAUUCGUUGGCAUGAGCCGACAGCUUUACGAGUCCAUGCCAUCGUUCCGGAGCAAUAUGCAGCUAUUGGACCGUAUUGCUCAAUCACUCGGCUUUGAUAGCUUCCUGCCCUUUAUCGAGGAUGAUUCUGAUUCCAGCUUGAAGCGCUUCUCACCCAUGACUGCACAGCUGGCGAGCGUUUGUCUUCAAAUCGCAUUGGCCCGCCUCUGGGCAUCUUUCGGGAUUGUUCCCAGUGCCGUGGUCGGCCAUAGUCUGGGAGAGUACGCUGCCUUGAACGUGGCCGGUGUCUUGUCCGACGCUGAUACCGUCUUCCUGGUUGGUAAGCGGGCACAGCUGUUGGAAGAGCAUUGCACUCUGCAUACCCACAGCAUGUUGGUCGCACGGGCAUCAGUCGCGACUGUUGAGUCGGUCGUGUCUGGGAUGCAAUAUGAAAUUGCGUGUAUCAACGCGCCCGAAGAGACCGUCCUGGCGGGACCAAAUGACCAGAUUGAAACGCUUCAGCAAGCCUUGUCGCAAGCGGGUGUGCGAUCCAAGACGAUUCCGGUUUCAUAUGCCUACCACUCAUCCCAGGUGCAGGCCAUCCUGGAUGAUCUGGUCCAGGCCGCUCAGCCGAUUGUUUUCAACAAACCGUCGAUCCCUGUUCUGUCGCCCUUGUUGGGAGAAAUUGUGGAGAGUGAAGGAACAUUUGGGCCUGGAUAUCUCAAGCGACACUGCCGUGAGACUGUGAACUUCCACCAAGCAAUGCAGGCAGCUCGAUCUGCGGGCGUAAUCACUGAUCGCACCCAAUUCGUCGAGAUUGGGCCCCAUGGAGUGGUCACCGGCCUGAUCAAAGCAUCCUCCAAGACAUCCCAGGCGCAUGCCGUGCCGACUCUGCAACGGGGACGCGAUAACUGGCAGAGUCUGGGCGAGGCUAUGUCGACUCUUUACCGUGCCGGUCUGGACAUUGCUUGGAACGAGUAUCACCGAUCGUUUUCUGCUGCACAGCAUGUCAUUCGUCUGCCAGCGUAUAACUGGAACUUAAAAGAUUACUGGGUUCAGUACGUUAAUGACUGGUCUCUGCGCAAAGGAGAUCCACCUCUUAUUCAGACUGCUCGUCUGGAGGAGUCAACCACGAUCCAUCGCAUUUUGGAGGAAACAAAGGACGGUAUCGUGGUUGAAGCUGAUCUGUGUCGCAAGGAUUUGAGUCCCAUUGUGCAAGGUCACAACGUUGAUGGGAUUCCUCUCUGCACUCCGUCGGUAUAUGCCGAUAUUGCCAUGACGGUGGGUGAGUAUCUUCGCAGCCGCAGCCAAUGCCAGGAUGUCGACACCGUGGUUGCAAUCACAGAAAUGACCAUCAAGAAGGCGCUUAUUGCAAAGCCCAGCGGCACCCACCUUUUGCGCGCAGCGACAACCGUCGACUGGGAUGCAGGCAGUGCUUUGUGUCGAUUCCUUACCCUCGAUUCCAAGGGUCAGCCCACUAAUGAGCAUGCCCACUGCACGAUUCUCCUGUCAAGCCCGACUCGCCGCGCAGCCGCUGAGAAAGAACGUGCUAAGAUUCAGAAACGCGUGCGAGAAAUGCGCGAGGGUCUGGAGCCUGGCAAGACCCAGCGAUUCAACCGUGCCAUGGUGUACAAGAUGAUCCGUCCUUUGGCGGAAUUCCACCAAGACUACCGCACGAUCGAAGAGGUUAUCAUUGACAGCAAGACUCUCGAGGCUGCUGGUCGUGUUUGCUUCUCUGAAGUGCAAUCUGCUGGAAAGUUCCAUACCCAUCCGUCCUAUCUCGACGGCCUGGCCCAGUCUAGUGGAUUCGUAAUGAACUGCAACGAUGACGCUGACCUUGACCGGGAAGUGUUUGUCAAUCACGGUUGGAAGAGCUUGCAGCUGUAUGAGCCCUUGCGACCCGACGCACACUACAGCACAUUUGUGCAGAUGGUUGAGGGUGAUAGCCGCAUGUACGAAGGCAAUAUGAUUGUGAUGGAUGGGGAUACCGUUGUGGCAACCUUACAAGGUGUCGUGUCCCAAGGUGUUCCCAGACAUGUCCUGCGCUACGUGCUCUCGAUGGAGAGCGGCGAUCCAGCCCUUGUGGCGUCUGCCAAGAAGGCGCUUGUCGCUUCUGCGAAGCAGACCCUCAAGGCAGCAAGCCCUACGCCGAAGAAGGUUGAGCAGCGAACUACUCCUUCCAUCCCAGUUGCUGCACCCCAAGUGGCUGUGAAGCCAUCAUCAUCUCCGGCCAGCUCAUCCUCACUCGUGGCCUCUGCGCUGCAAAUCAUCUCGGAUGAGAGUGGCGUGGCUUUGUCCGAGCUGGAAGACAGCUGCAUCUUUUCUGACAUGGGGCUGGACUCUCUCCUCUCUCUCGUCAUCACGAGUCGAUUCCGCGAGGAGCUGCCUAUCGAAGUUCCCGUGGAAGGGUUCUUCAUCACUUAUCCCACGGUGGCUGAUUUGAAGACGUACCUUGGCCAGCAUCAAAGCAGCGAUACAGCACCAACACCAACCCUAGACGUGCCCACGCCCAUCACCGUCGAGGCAUUCCCCGUCGCUGCUCCUCAAGCCAAAAUUGCGUCGACUCCUUCUAAUUGGACAACUGCACUGUCAAUCAUCUCCGAAGAGAGCGGCAUCAGCAUCGCCGAAUUGACCGACGACUGCGUCUUUUCUGACAUGGGUAUCGACUCACUGCUAUCACUCGUGAUUGUGAGCCGAUUUGCCGAAGAGCUGGAAAUGGACGUUCCCCUUGAAUCCAUCUUCACCGAUUACCCGACCAUUGGCGAGGUCAAAGUCUUGUUCGUGGCCGAUCCAUCUAGCAGCGAUGACUCGAGCUCCGGCGACGAUAACGAUGUCACGCCAGCCCCGGGAGCCAUCACUCCAACCUCGGAAACCUCGGGAUACUUCCCGUCUGCCGACGACGACAAGGAUUCGAAGCCAGCAGCCCAACCCGUGCCAAGGACUACAUCUGUUCUCUUGCAGGGCUCCCCAUCCAAGACGGACAAGACCUUGUUCCUCUUCCCCGACGGUGCUGGCUCCGCGACCUCGUACACGGGUAUCCCACGGGUCGACUCGAGCGUCUCUGUCGUAGGCCUGAACUCCCCUUACCACCGCCAGCCCCAUCUUUUCAAUUGCACCGUGGACGACCUGAUCAAGAGCUACGUCGAAGAAGUCCGUCGUCGCCAACCGAGCGGCCCCUAUCACUUCGGCGGUUGGUCCGCGGGCGGUAUCUUGGCCUACCGCGCCACUCAGAUGAUGAUCGAGGAUUACCAAGAGCGAGUCGAGAGUCUCACACUGAUCGACAGUCCCGUACCGCAUGGACUAGAUCGUCUCCCGCAGCACUUCUACGACUACUGCAACAAGGUCCAUCUCUUUGGCAACAGCCAGGGUGAAAAGGGUCCCGCCCAGGCCCCGGAAUGGCUGGUUCCCCAUUUCAAUGCCACGAUCGACACGCUGCACGAGUACUAUGCUGCUCCCUUGACGCUGACCGAUGACAACCGGCCCCGCGUGUCGAUGAUCUGGGCUUGCUCGAGUGUCAUGGACAACGCGGACAUUCCACGGCCACCGUCUUGCGAGGAGGACGGGGAGGGAGUGAAGUUUUUGACCGAGGCUCGCACUGACUUUUCGGAUAAUGGGUGGGCGAGGCUCUUCCCCGGCUGCGAGAUUAACAUUGAGAGGGCGCAUGGCGCUAAUCACUUUACUAUGAUGAGGGGGGACUUUGCCCCUAAGCUUGCAUCUUUCAUUCAUCAGUCGCUUUAAUUUUGGAGUUUUUCACUUUGAUGUUUUUAUUAUAAGUCAGAAUGAAUAUGUAUAAACUUUGUACAGAUACUUUAUUGGUGGAACUUAGGAUCGUCGACUGAACUAUGCGUAGAACUAUAAGUCAAACAACUCAUGCAGGAUGGAAAUCACAAGAGAUCCCCCAUUCUUUCACAACCAUAUAUAUCCACAAACCAUCACCCCGAAUAAGCAUCUCCAUAAUUCCGAUCAUACUCCCUCACCUCCUCCAUCUUCGCCGUCGACAUGCGCCCAUUCUUCGACCGCAAAAUGCCCGUCCUCGCAUCCACAAUCGGCCGAAUAAAUCCACGCGUCUCACCCUUCCCCUCCUCCUCCUCCUCCUCCUUCUCCUCCCCCUUCUCCUUGAACGGGAACCACAUAUCCCCCAACCCAGUAGGCUUACUAUUAAUAUAAAUAGCCUCCCAAUGCCCGCGCGGCACCACAUAAGUCUCAUGGUAAAUCGCAAUAUGCGGACUGUCCCUGACAAUCCGAUUCCAAUACCGGACACCGUCCAUAUGCACCUCGCCAUACGCAAACCGAUGUAGCGACUCAAAAUCGCGUAGGUAGAAUACCGUCAUCGUGUCAUUGCCCGCGGCAUCAUCCUGCUUGAUCCAGCGGGACGUCCCUAGGAGCCCAGAUUUCUGCGGGUCGGCGCACAUCUCGUCGAUCAUGGCUUCGAAGUGCUCGCCGAGCGCUUUCAUGCCCGGGGCGAAUAGGCCGAGGGGGUGGUUGCUGCGUGCGCCGAGGUGGAAGACUACGAUUUGAUCGCGGGAGGGCUCGUGCCCGAAAGUGCCGUCUGGGUAGGGGAUUUGGGGACUCCAUUUGGUGUGCACCACACCGUCGAGGUACCGGUUGCGGGUGAGCUUGAAGGUUAUUAGGAGGGUGUCGAUGGCCCGGUAGAGGAGGAUGAGGGCCGUGGGGAGGAGGGUGAUUGGGCCGAGGGUUAGCAGGCUCAGGCCCUGGAGGAGACCGCCCACCAGCAGCCAGCUGGAGAGUGUCAAGUUAUCGCGGAAGGCGGGUGAGAGGGAGGGGCGGGUGCCUGGAAUAGGCGUUGCAGCAUUGGGAUUUGUGGCAUUGUGUGGGAUGAUAUGGGGUGGAACGAGAGGUUUGAACGUUGCCAUGUUUGUUCGACUAUAAACCGUUGAUGGAUUGAUUGUCAAAACACGAAGGGGGAUAUCGGCCAUCUUUAUAUUUUGGAUAAUAAAUGGCCCGUAAGAAGACAUCCCAGACCUGCC